AAGUAAACCAAGCACCUUCCUAAGUAUUAGGCUUCUUGCAUUAUUAUAGUUGUGCCAGUUCCUUAUUAAAUUAUUUUUCUUCCUCUGAAGUUCUACUGAAAUUGACUAAUAAAUUUGAUCAUGGUUGGCUGGGAUCCGCGCAGAAGCUCAAUGGAUUCAUAAUCAUAUAUUAGGGUUUCCCACCUCCGUGCAUCACCGUCAAUACAUACAUAUAUUGACAAUUAUGGGUGCUGCUUCAUCUUGAUCUGUAAUAACUUCGUUCUUUUUAGUUUAUUAAAUCGAAUACGUAUAUACCCAAUAGACAAAAGCCUUUCUUUUUUUAUGUCAGAAACCACAUUUCUUUUUUCCUUCCUAUUGUGAAUUUGAAUCAGACAAUUGGGCGUGAAAUUUUGAUGCCAAUUGUCAAUUUUUGAGCUUCAAUUCUCGAAUUCUGGGAAUUGGGAUCGGGGACUUGGGGUUUCUAGACACUGAUUUGGAUAGAGAAUCUCUUUGGUGUUUUUGAUUGGGAAGGUAGAGUUUUUUGUGUUGAAGAAUGGAUAAGAAGAAGGUUGUAGCUCCAUUGGUCUGUCAUGGGCAUUCUCGGCCCGUUGUCGACUUGUUCUACAGCCCGAUAACGCCUGAUGGUUUCUUCCUUGUUAGUGCCAGCAAGGAUUCCUCACCAAUGUUGAGAAAUGGAGAGACUGGAGAUUGGAUUGGAACCUUUCUAGGGCAUAAAGGUGCAGUGUGGAGUUGCUGCCUAGAUAAACAUGGUUUGCGUGUAGCAACUGCAUCAGCUGAUUUUUCUGCGAAGUUGUGGGAUGCGUUAAUCGGGGAUGUUUUGCAUUCAUUUGAGCACAAGCACAUUGUCCGUGCUUGUUCCUUCUCAGAGGAUACUCACCUGCUGCUAACUGGAGGAAUGGAAAAAGUUCUUCGUAUAUUUGAUUUGAAUCGUCCCGAUGCACCACCCAGGGAAAUUGAAAAAUCUCCUGGUUCAGUUAGAACUCUUGCUUGGCUCCAUAGUGAUCAAACAAUUUUAGGUUCUUGUACUGACAUGGGUGGGGUGAGGUUAUGGGAUGUGAGAACUGGCACGAUUGUUCGAACACUUGAGACAAAGUCUUCUGUGACCAGUGCUGAAGUGAGUCAAGACGGCCGCUAUAUAACAACUGCUGAUGGAUCAACCAUUAAGUUCUGGGAUGCAAACCACUUUGGUUUGGUCAAGAGUUAUGAUAUGCCCUGCAUAAUGGAGUCGGCCUCAUUGGAGCCGAAGUUUGGCAACAAGUUCAUUGCAGGUGGAGAAGAUAUGUGGGUCCAUGUAUACGACUUCCACACUGGAGAAGAAAUCGGGUGCAACAAGGGGCACCAUGGUCCGGUGCAUUGCGUUCGUUUCUCACCCGGAGGUGAGUCUUAUGCCUCUGGAUCUGAAGACGGGACUGUUAGGAUAUGGCAGACCGGUCCACUGGAUCAUGCUGAACCAGAGAGUUCAGCUGCCAAUGGGCCUUCGCAGGGUGUGAAGGCUGUCGUGAACGAGGUUACACGACAAAUGGAGAUGGCGCUGGUUGUCGAUGACAAGACCGCCUUCGCCGAAACAACGAUUGCCAACUGAAGUGAAGGCAACGGAGGCUGGACUAGGCUUGUCUAGUGUUAAUAGUUUUGCCUGAUGUAACAUUGUCUAAUGUUUUGAGGGAUUCAUCUUUUUGGAAUAAGAAUGAGCUUCUAUCA